UCUUGUCUGUUUCAAUCAUCAAUUUCUUUUAAAAUGUUGUUUAUACACAUAGUUCUUAUUGUUUUUUUACACUCUUUUCAGAAUAGCAUAAGCAUGCUGUGUCCCAUUAUUAAAUAUCGUAAUUUAUUUUGUCAUAAAUGGACAUCAAAGUUUUUUUCAAUGUCCUGCGCAAAAAAAAACAGCGUCAAAAAAUCUUCAGUGAUAAAGCCACAAAACAUUCUUAACUUGCACAAACGAGGACUUUUAGAAGAUAUUUUUCCAAAUGCUUCUGUCUCAUUGCCAGAGCAGUUAUUAAAACAACAAUGCUUUUAUUGUGGCUUCGAUCCAACAUCCGACAGUCUACACAUUGGAAAUUUAAUGUCUUUAAUGCUACUGUUGCAUUGUCAAAGGGCUGGACAUAAUGUGAUCGCUGUCAUUGGAAAUGCAACUGCGAGAAUUGGAGAUCCGAGCGAUCAAACAAAAGACAGAAAUUCAGUCUCGACAGAUGUAUUAGACAAAAACACAAAAGGACUUAUCAAUUGUAUCACAAAUAUAUUUGAAACUCAUGAACAGGAGCAUUAUAUUCAUCGCGGAGUUAAAGAACUACCAACAAUAAAGAUUUUAAAUAAUUAUGAUUGGUAUCGAGAUAUCAAUGUUGUGGAUUUUUUUGCCAAUGCUGGAAGGAAAUUUCGAAUGGGUCCUAUGCUUGAUAAAAGAUUUGUAAAAGAAAGAUUGAAUAGUUCUGAAGGACUUCUUUUGCCUGAAUUCCUGUAUCAAGUAUAUCAAGCAUAUGACUGGUUACAUUUAUUACAAAAUUAUAAUUGUCGAUUUCAAUUUGGAGGUUCCGAUCAACUUGGUAACAUGAAUGCAGGACGUUAUCUCAUUGAUCGUGUAACUCAACAGGAAGUUUAUGGAUUAUUAACUCCUUUGAUAACCACACACACCGGUCAAAAAGUAGGAAAAACCGCCGGGAAUGCAGUGUGGUUAGAUGCUGAUAAGACAUCACCAUUCGAGUUUUAUCAAUAUUUUCUUCGUCAACGUGACGCAGAUGUUGAAAAAUUUCUAAAGUAUUUUACUUUCAUUGAACUCACCAACAUAAAAGAAAUAAUGCAAGAACAUUCAAGGUAUCCAGAACGUAGGAACGCACAGAAGAUUCUUGCCAAAAAUGUAUGCAAGCUUGUUCAUGGUGAGGAAGGCUUGAAAUCCGCAGAAAGAUGCACGCAAGUGUUGUUCCAUGGCCAGUUAGAACAAUUAGAAAAUCUUACUGAUCAGGAGAUAGAUGCUACUUUUAAGGGUAUGAAGAUUCAUCAUGCUGUGUUGGAACCCACAACUACAAUUUAUGAUAUUGCAACAAAAAUAAAGGCGAUUCCAGAUGGAUUAAUAGGAAUUGAAGCAAUCAAUAAGGGUGGCGUUUUAGUAAAUGGUAUCGCAAUGCAGAAUUCGCAACAAAUUCUUCUGUGUGAUUUCCACGUCUUAAAAAAUGAUCUGUCUCUGAUAACUGUUGGUAAAAAGAAUCAUCAUAUUGUACGUUGGAGAGUCCCAGAUGAUAUGUAUCAAGUAUCAGCAAAAUGAAAAGCUCAAUCCACUUUGGACCUUCAUCUGCUCGAACAGGUUUCUUUUUGCCAUGCAACGAAGGAGCAACAGCAUAAUUGAACCAGCUUGGAACUUCAUCGCUGCUGUAUUCAAGUUUUUCCAAUUUCGACCGGAAUUUGUGAGCCAUAGCCCUGGCAGAAAUAAACAAUCAUACUGUAUUGUCAUCAUUCCUGCUGGAAGCAACAUUUUAAACCUCACCUACCGCAAAUAGUUAAUUUUAGUUGUUAUGACCGCUCUUUCAAAAGUCUAGAAUUUUUCUAGUUGCGCUUUGGUUAUGAUUGAAAACAGUGAAAAUAUCAACAAUUAUUCAUGCCCGGAUUACAUGAAAUAUAUUGAUUGUUUGUACUUACUUUGUCACACUUUUACAAUAAAGCAUUAUUAAAACUCGAA